GUUAUUCCGUGACUAAAAUUAGGCAUCACAACAACGUCAACAACCACUGGCUCUCUCUGUCCGUAAAUCUAUCUAUUACUUCCAGCCUGCCUGUCUGAAAACACACACACACAUAACAAGAUGAGAACAGCUUCAUCACUAGUUUGUUGUGUACUUGUAAUCUGAUGCAGCAGCAGCACACAGUAAUAAGUCUCCGGAUUCAAAGCAAUCCGGUGGUGCUGCGGACAUGUCGCAAUCAAUCUCUCUUUCUCUCUCUCAUCGCUCACCGCCGCUUCUCUCUUCUCCAGCGCCCAGGGUUAGUCUCUUGAGAUUGCGUAAAGCGGGUUCGGUUUCGGGUUCGGUUUCGAUCGGUGGCGGCUUGAAGAAUAAUUCUAGAUUGCUUCAUUUACCUUCUAAAGCUUCGUAUCAUAGAUGGAAAGUUUCAUGUUUUCGGAAGGAGGACUCUUCAGAUUCCGACUUUGAUUCAGUUGAGAGUAAAUUGCCCGAGGAAUCAGUUAGGCCCAGCAUAAAUCAGUCCAAUGUUGUGAAGGAUGAUUGGCUAUCCAAAGUCAAAAAGAUAACAGAGGCAGUGUUUGCUGCGGAGCCUUGGACUGUGCCAUGGACAGCAAAAACCAUUGUGCAGGUAAUGUUCCUCUGGGUUACCACAUUCUGGUUGGUGGGGUCGUGGAUAAUUCCAUUUCUAGCUCACACAGCAGGUUUCAGAAAAGACUCCCUUACAUACAGAGGUCAAGCAUUAUACAGUUUUUUGACUGAUGUAGUUGAAGGUGUUGCUGGUAUUGCGAUCCUCCGCCACUGCCUGUCACGCUUUCGUCCCCUUCCGCCUGACUGGUUCCGAUUUAGUCUACAAGGAAAGUGGUUUCUUGAAGUGGGCUUGGGAUGCUUGAUGUUCCCCAUCGUCAAUCGACUGUCGCAGGUCAACUUGAAUUUGUUGCCGAUGCUUCCUUCUACGCCAGUCACUGUAUCUAAUGUUGAGCAAUCAAUUUUUGCUCGGGAUCCAGUGGCAAUGGUCCUUUACUUCGCAGUAGUUUCAGUUUGUGCCCCCGUCUGGGAGGAGAUUGUUUUCCGUGGCUUUCUUCUCCCUUCAUUAACCAAGUAUAUGCCUGUAUGGUGCUCAAUCUUAGUAAGUUCGGUGGCAUUUGCCUUGGCACAUUUCAGUGUGCAAAGAAUGCUACCACUCGUAUUCCUAGGGAUGGUACUUGGUGCUGUUUUUGCUAGAUCGCGGAAUCUGUUAACAUCUAUGCUUUUGCAUAGUCUUUGGAAUGCCUUUGUAUUUAUAGAUUUGAUGAAGUAACAUUUUGUUGUAAUUUUAAAAUUAAUGAAUAUAGUACCAAGUUCUACCCUCUCCUCCAACUCUAUUCCCUCCACCAUUUUAUGUAUAUAUAGUGUAUCUGUAGCCUGUAGAAAUUUAUAAAAGGCUGUUGUGAGCCGAUAUUUCUUGUGCAAUUUAUGUAAUAAAACAGUAUGACUUGAGUA